AUGGAUCCCUCCACUUCUGCUACUCCGUUGAAGUCCUCGGGCAUCCCAAAGUUCUCUUCCAUCGCAAGACCUUCGGCUUCAAGACUGCCUGCCCCUAACAAUGANCCACAAGUCCGCAUUGCCAUCUCCUUCCAAACCUUCUGCCUUGGUGAAACCAUCUCCUGCCAAAAGGCUCUUCCUAGACCGCCUUCAUCUGGCUCCGGCUUUAGAUCGAGUAUAUCUGGUCCAUCGACUGGCAUCAUCCCACCAAGGACCUCGUCGCAUCGUCCUACAUAUUCAGUUUCGGAAAAGCCUACCACUGCUACUAGAAAACCUGCUUCGCGACCAGUAUCAUAUAUUGCGCAAUCUCGAAGACCUGUUUCUGGCUUUAUUAACACUGCUCAGCAAGAGGACCUGAAUGACCAACUAGGCUCGCUUGAUGGUUUCCGCAGUGCUUCACGUGCCACUUCAAGGCAGGGUGAUUAUGACGAUAAUGAUUACCCCGAUGAGCCAACAACUCCCGGCACAAAACGGGUGUCCAGACUUUCAUUGUCAGAUCGAACCGUGGAAAGUCUCUCCCGACUCCCUGAGACCCCGGGGACAGGCAGGCGAAGGUCCAGCNNUUUUGCCCCACAGAGCCCUAUGGGUCCUCCAUCACGUCCGGCUUCUGCUAUGAGUAUUGAUGAGACGAGGGAGGCUUCGCGUCCUAAAGUCCUGGGAAAGAUGCCUUCGCCAUCCAAACGGUCUUCCACUAUGGCUCCUUCGACCAGCAAGAUGCCCACGAAGCAUUCCAUUCCAAGAGCUCCUUCCUCUAUUGGNCUUAGCACCAUCAAGACUGAGCCGCCCUGCUUCUGUAGCAGGAAAACCUACAACGACCAGUACGCCAAAAGUAUUNNCACAACAAAGCCGCUACAGCGGACGAGUAGUCUCCGCCAGCCUGGAGCUGAUGUGGCUGCUACUCCCAGGCCUAAGCCAACCACCAGCAUCUCAUCUUCAGCUAUCAAGACUAGGCCAACACCGGCAACAGCAGUAAAAAGCGCGCCUCAGAAGGAACCGCAAACAUCUCCCGAGAAAUCAACUAGUUCUUCCGCAGCACUGAGGGACCAUAUUGCAAAGGCUAAAGCUGCCAAGAGAACUCCAGGCACCUUCAAAGGGCAGCAAUCGAGUAUUCAAGGCGAUGACUUCUCAUUUGAUCCUUUUGCUGAUCCGUUCAAUACAAAACCCAAAAAUUCUGAUGGUCUUUUGCGCAAGAGGAUCGAAGCAGCCCGCGGUGACGGUCGUCUGAAUAUUGCGGGAAUGGGCCUCAAGAGUAUCCCAGAUGAAGUUCUGAGCAUGUACGACCAACAAGAAGAUAACAAUAUGAACUGGAGUCAGAUGACGGAUCUAGUUCGCUUCGUAGCAGCGGACAACGAUCUUGACACGAUCUCUGACGCCGUGUUUCCGGACGUUGCUACUGAAGUAGCUAUGGAUGAUGAACAAGAAGUCAAGGGAUUGCAGUUCCGCAGUGUGGAAAUGAUUGAUCUACACGGAAACAAUCUCCAGACAGUUCCUGCUGGUUUGCGCUGGCUGGAGAGACUGACGGUGCUAAACUUGGUGAGCGUCAUAAGAUACAAUAUCGCAGAUGCAUUUACUCACAUCCUUGUANNGUCACAUAACAAGCUGGGUAACGCAAUCUUCGAUACGAUCGGCCAGCUCGAAACAUUGCGAGAGCUCAAGCUGAGCAACAACAACUUGUCCGGCUAUCUUCCGCAGUCAAUAGGUCGCUUGCAUAACUUGAGGACUUUGGAACUGCAGCACAACAAACUUCUGAGUCUUCCAGAUGGUCUGCGCGACCUCGUCAAUCUGCAAGUCUUGAACGUUGCUGGAAACCAACUCACUGGUCUUCCAAUGGAUGUUCUUGAGACCUUGCCCAUUGCUGACCUCAAUGCCUCUAACAACGCCAUGGUCGGUGCACUGUUCCCCUUUAGCGUAUCUGGCUUGUCCAAGCUCGAGCAUUUAGAUGUCGCCAACAAUUCCCUAGCUUCGCUUGCCUUCUCUGAGAAUCUAUCGUUACCGGCGAUCAAAUCCAUCAAUAUAGCGAGCAACAGGAUAGUCGCACUGCCAGAUAUGUCUGGUUGGAAGGAACUAGUCUCUUUGGCUGCUGCCGACAAUAAGAUAUCUGUCCUUCCCCAGGGAUUCACAAGCCUGAAGUAUCUUAAACAGGCCGAUCUGACAGGGAAUGAGCUCACUAAACUGCAUGACAAUAUCGGUCUUAUGGAUUCGCUAGAUGUUCUGAAGGUGGCCGCCAAUCCUCUUCGCGAACGCAAACUUCUGAACAUGUCGACUGAGGAACUCAAGCGUAGUAUGGCUCAACGCCUAAGGACAUCCGAUCAGGGCGACAAGGGCGAUGAAUUCGAAGACGAGGGGAUUGACAUCCAGUCACCACAUGACUCUGGUUCGCAAUGGGGAGUUGUCUCUGGCACUCUGGACCUUCGAGACAAAAGCCUUGUGGACGACGAUGCUGAUGUGCUCCGAUCCAUCUUCAGUACUGAAGAUGUCCGUGAACUCAGAUUGGCACGGAACAAUUUUGUCACCGUUCCUUUCGAGAUAUCUUUGGCCCAGAACCUCAAAGUCUUGGACUUGUCAAGCUGUUCUUUGGGAGACAGAUACCUGAAUGAAGUGAUAACUUUGACAGCUCUCCAAGAGCUAUUCUUGGGUAGCAACAAGAUCUCAAACUGGGAGCCACUGCUGAGUCUGCUCCAUGCGCCACGCCUUUCGUAUCUGGAUGUGUCCAAUAAUAGACUUAUUGGUUCGGUGCCCAUGAUCAGAAGCUCAUUCCCAGAGCUGAAGGUUCUACACGCUGCAAACAACAGGAUAGACGCUGUCUCGCAUGGGGCUCUGGAAGGACUGCAGUCGGUCGAUCUUGCAGAUAACAACAUUGGUUACCUACCUCCUGAGAUAGGAUUGUUGUGGGAUCAAGGUUUAAAGGGGCUGAGCAUCGGUGGCAAUGCAUUCCGCGUGCCAUCGCAUCGAAUUCUCGAGAAGGGCACUGAAGCUACGAUGCUGUGGCUCAAGGAUAAGAUUCCGCAAGACGACGAAACCUUUUAA